AUGGAGGACAAGUGCGGUGGCCGCAUGGUCGCCGAGGUGGUGAAGGACAUGCUGGCGCCUCCAGGAGACAUCCCCGAAGCCAUGAAAGAGCGCCUCAGGCUGAUUCACAGCAUCCCCUUCUCCGCAAUCCUCACUACCAACUUCGACAGCUUCCUGCCAGGCGUCCCAGCCGCGAGCCCCUCGUCGAAGACCGUUAUGCGGAAAAUCUUGCGCGGGAGCCCGCUCUCGUUGUCGGAGCAGAUCAUGCGCGAGAUCAUGAUGGCGGAGAGCGUAAAGGAGUCUCUCGGAACUGAUCUCUUUGGCUUCGACGACGACGAGGAUGAAGAGGGCGAGGACGACGACUGCGGCGACACGGAUAUGACCUUGCAGAAGCGCUUCGAAGCGAUGAGCAGUGCCAUAUUGGAGCACGAUGGGGAUGGGGAGGAAAAGGCGGAGAGCGAGGAUAGCGAUUGCGACAGCGAGGACGACUAUGACCCCGCAGAAGAUAUCGGCCCAACGCCUAUCAUCCAAUUGCACGGGUCUGUCGCCUCAGAUGAGUGGCUGGAGGAGCCAGGGCUCGCCUUCACCCGCGAGGGUUACCGCAAGUUGCUGCAUGGGAACGAGGCUUACACCAAGUUCAUGACAUCUCUGAUGGCAGCCAAGACUAUACUGUACAUGGGCUUCUCCUUCUCCGACGAGUACCUCAAUGAGAUGCGCUCGUCCGUGAUGAUGAUGAUGCAGCAGCACGAGGACGGCGAGGAGAAGAAAGAGAAACCGAUCGCGUACGGAAUUGGCAUCAACAUUGAAUGCUUCAGAGAUCGAGUUUUACAAUGA